CACGUAAUUAAUAUUUUUAUUUAAGAUGUAAACUCCGCAAUCGGUUCAUCGACAUCUUCAAAUGCAACCAUGUUUCUGCAGCGCUUCACAGCACUAGAGUCAUCGCACUUUCUCGAUAGUUCGCUAGUACAAUUUAGAUAAAAUUCACAUCAACUGCAGCAGAAAUAGCAAUUUAAAUUGAAUUUUGAAUUUGCUGUUGCAUUCGGAAUGUAAAUACGGUCCCAUAUAAAGUGCAUAUAUAAGUGGUGCUGUGGAAUACAUUUAUAAGGCGAUUUUCGUGUGUGGUAUUUUAGCAAGUGACCGGGACCGCAGAGUUCAUAGUCGUUUGUCAGCAAGGCAUAGAUUUUCUUUUUGUUUUGCUUAGCAUCGACCGCGCACACUGCAAAUAUUCAAAACAAACAUAAAAAACUACCCGAUAAGGACAUACAAUUUAAACGGGACAAUGGAUACCAGUUGUACUAAUAUUGCGUGUACCCUGGCAUGGCAGUUGGCUAGCGCUCAUGUGUGUGACUGCUGGCGCGCAAAUUAUCAAACCGGCCAGCCGCCCAUGCGGCGAGCAUGGAAAUCAUUGCAGCAUGCCCCAUAUGUGGCUGCAUUAUUCUGUCGCCCAUUUUGAAUGGCAUAUGUGAUGAUGUCGGCCGUAGUUUGCUUAUUUUUGAUAAUUCGACCUCUGAGUGACGAAACGAAAAUGUACCAAGUGCUUUUAACGAAGUGGGAACAUCCCAACCAACAAUUUCCCAACGCGGACCUUGCCAGACAGUUCAAUACACGUAUACGGUUGUGUGGCUGUGUGAGUGCUUUGUGGGGUACAGUCUUGGGGCAGUUUUGGGCGCCUGCUGGCUGCUAAUACCAAGUAUUUGCAUGCGAAACAGCUAGUUAAAAAUGCCAUCAACUCCCGACUUGGUUGGAGUGCAUUGGCGUUAGAUUAUUUGUAAUCUUUGGACGACAGCACGCCAUUACCCGAACUCAGUUUCGAAGACUUUUUGGAGCCAACGCAAGAAGAAACUGCCACACAGCACCACAUGGAAAUCGAUGCACUCGAUUCGGAUGAAGAUGGCGGUUCUGGGAAUGAGCACUCAUUUUCCAUAAACGAGUCAUUGAACACUCCGCAAUUCAAAAGAUCCGUUGUCACCAUACUGGAGGACAAACGUUUGAGGACGCCUGGACCCGCUGUUUUGAAAUCGCACGCUAUCAAAGUGGUUACAGCAGGGUCGGGAGCAGUCGCACCAGUCAAGCCACAAAUAACUGACAUAAAGAUUCUAAACAAUUUUAAGCCUGUUUCAAGCAAUACUCUGAAGAUUGGCAAUACAACUGUUGCAGCAACAUCGUCUUCGGGUGGAACACCCAAGGGAACACCCUUAAACAGCCUGACCAUGACACAGAUCAAGACGCCGGAUGGAAAAAUUCUCUACCUUCAAAAGUCAACGCCAGCGGGAGCCUCUGCGAAAACAACUGUGGCCGCUUCGACACCUACCAUCUCCAAGGGAGCAGUCAAUGUAUCAUCCGCAGGAGUUGUACAUCAUCUAGUCGCCCCAACGGGCCUUCAAAAAGCAAUCGUCUCCAAGGCCGUGAACGUUGGCAGUUCUGGACUUGUCAAGGCAGCCGUGCCAGGGAAAGGAGGUACCACGCCCGUAACCAUCAAGGGCAUAACUCCACUGGGCGCAAAGAGUGCAUCGUCUGCCAACUCACCCACAUCAACUCCGGCAGCCAAAUUUCAGGUGGUCCGGACAUCGGAUGGAAAGAUAAUCAAGAUUAAUCAGGCCAGCCCGUCCAUGAUUAUCAACGCCAAAGCAACCACGACCAGCACACCGGCGACUGGAGUCAAUGCAGCAACAUCUGCCCAUAAACUGUCACCGUCAACUGGUAAUGUGGGGCUCCGGAAGUCGAUUGGGCAAGUUGUUAUCAAGGCAGCUCCACCCAAACAAGGACCAGACGUAAGCAACAGUUCCACGUUGAUAACGACUACCACCGGCACAUCUGUCACAACAUCGGUCCCUCCAGGAAAAAUGUUGGUGCAAAGUACGGGCAAGCAAAUUGUGGUGUCCAGCAAGAACAUCAUAAAGCUGUCACCCAAAGCAGGUGCCACCAGCAGCACAACGAACAUCAGCGGAGCCCCAGGAAACUCGCCUACGAAAGGCAUACAUGCUGUACAAAUUCCCGGCAAGGGCGGUGUCGUGCAGUAUGUUCGUGUCCUCUCAAACACUAAGGAGGUGGGCAGUAGCAGCAGCACAUCAGCAGUCGCCAAGCCGAAUUCCGCGGCAAAGGUAACCCUUGUGCGUUCUAUCAUGCCCAUGGCUGGAUCCUCAAACAGCCCAUCCACCCCAACAGCAGGAACUAAAACUCCUUCUGUGGGCAACACAAACAAGAUUUUAAUGAAGACAACGGGUGGAAGCAUUGUUCCGCUUCCCUCUAUGCAAACGUUGAUUUCCAAGCGUGCGCUGGGCGUCACCAACACCAAGUCGCCUGCCAGCAAUAGCGGCAAUCCGGAAUCGCCCCGCAAACACAGGCUAAACGAUCUCAAUAUUCAGCACUUGGCUGCUGGGGACGAUGCCAGCGAUAGCAGCGAAGCUGGUCCAGAGACCAAGAAGCCACGCUUCGUUAUAUCAGUAGCGCAACCCUCUCAGCUGCAGCAGCAGCAGCAGCAGCACAAGCAGAUUGUGACACGUCCUUCGUCCAUACAGCGCGUCACGGUGCAGGGGGCCAACUCCAACAAAAUGACUCCCAAUUCUGCGAAGAAAGUCUACAAUUUGGUGCAGUCAGCCAAUGGAGUAAAGUACAUGAUUUGCAAUUCUGGUGUUCCCCAGUCAUCGACCAGUGCCAUGCGACGUGGAUACACUGGCUAUGUGGACAGCAAGACUCGUCGUCCCCUUUCCAUAGCAGCACAACAGCAUCGCUUGCAAAUUACUCCACUGCAACAGGCAAAAAAUUUGCAAGCAUUGCAGGCCCAGGCCAAGCAGAGGAUACGGCAGCAGCAGCUGCAAAAUCAACCAUCAGCGGUUCAGCUAAAGGCGGCACAGGCCACAGUCCAGCCUCCUCUAGCUAAUAAUGAUGCUAAUGCCAAUGCCAAUCCUCAAAGCGCCAAGAUUUUGCCUGGGAAACCGCUCUUCGAGAUACUAAAGUCUCCCAAAUCCGCCUCACCGCCGGCGACUGACGCACUGGGGGGCGCGCCGGGGCGACGUAAGCAUUGUAAUUGCAGCAAGUCGCAGUGUUUGAAGCUCUAUUGCGAUUGCUUUGCCAAUGGAGAGUUCUGCCAGGACUGCACCUGUAAGGACUGCUUCAAUAAUCUGGACAACGAAGUCGAACGAGAGCGAGCGAUACGCAGCUGCCUAGACCGCAAUCCCAGUGCAUUUAAACCCAAGAUUACGGCGCCAAAUUCGGGUGACAUGCGGCUGCACAACAAGGGGUGCAAUUGCAAACGGUCUGGCUGUCUGAAGAACUAUUGCGAGUGCUACGAGGCAAAGAUACCCUGCUCUAAUAUGUGCAAAUGCGUAGGCUGUCGGAAUAUGGAAGAUCGUCCAGAUGUGGAUAUGGACUCUAUAGACAGUCUAGUGGAUGGCGAAGACUCGAACAAGGCCAGAGACGCGAACGACAAACAGUCGCAGGAUGAUUCGGAUCGGUAUUUGUCUGACGAUGUGGUAGAGGCGACCAUCAUGUGCAUGAUAUCUCGUAUUGUGAUGCACGAGAAGCAGAAUACGGCUAUAGAGGAUACCGAGCGUGAGGUGAUGGAGGAGUUGGGCGAAAGCCUGAAUCAGAUUAUUUCUUUUGGCAAGGAGAAGGGCGACACAAAUGAGCUGGCAGACUCCAUGGAAUUAGUUUCUUGAUAUUUGAACGUAACAUGAAUUAGUUUGUAAGAUCAAAGCGUACUUGACCUUUUCCCCCCUAACUUGUACUCUUUUCAUGGGCUUUAUAAAAGUUGACCUUAAAGUAAUGUGUAAAGUUUCAAAUGUAUAUAUGGAUAUAUAUCAAUAUCAAAUCAAUCAUGCAUUAACUCGUACAUUAGCUAAUACCAGAUUUAAGAUAACAUUUACUUCGUAUUACCAUUGAGGGUUUUUCACCGCGGACUUUAAUAUUGUUUAUUUGUGAGAACUCUUCCGCAACCUUGAUGUAAAUAAUUGUAACUACAUAUAUAAAAUAAAUGUUUAGU